UUGUCAAUGAUGUUAAUGAGUCUAAUGGUGGUAAUUCAGGAAAAAUCAAACUAACUGAUAAAGAGAGAUUGUUAUCUAAUGAAAAACAAAAUGAUGAAAGCUGGACACUAUCAACUGGUACAAAUGUCUCAGAGAUAUUAGAAAAAUGCACAAAAGAUGACAAAAAAUAA